CCUCCUCAAAUUAGCAAAAAUGGGGAUUUAAUGAUUGGAGGGAUCUUUUCGAUUCACAGAAAAUGGGACCAGCAGGCACAAUCAUUCAUUUCAGGACCCACACAAGGAGAAUGCAUAAGUUUUAACCUCCGAGAAUUUCAAAAUGCACAAACAAUGGUAUUUGCAAUUGAGGAAAUCAACAAUAGAACUGAUAUACUUCCAGGCAUCAAUUUGGGUUAUAAAAUUUACGAUACAUGUGGAUCAGUUGAAAAGACCACAAGAGCCUCCUUGUCCUUGAUCAAUGGCCAUGGAGAAAAUACAACUACAGUGUCGUGCUUAAAACCUGAAACUGUACAAGCAAUUAUAGGACAAACAGCAUCUACCCCUACUAUUGCUAUAUCUACAACGGUGGGACCUUUGCACAUACCUGUGGUCAGUCACUUUUCAACAUGCGCAUGCCUGAGUGACAAAAAAAAACAUCCAUCUUUCUUCAGAACUAUUCCUAGUGAUUAUUUCCAGAGCAGAGCUUUAGCAAAGCUGGUCAAAUAUUUUGGAUGGACCUGGGUUGGGGCCCUAUGCAGUGAUGAUGACUAUGGGAAAAAUGGCCUAAGUGAAUUUAUUAGUGCAGCCAAAGAAGAAGGAAUCUGUGUUGAAUAUUCUAUGGCAUUUUUUAAGACAGACCCCAGAGAAAAAAUUCUGAAAAUAGUUAAAAAUAUCAAGGCUUCAACCUCCAAAGUGAUUGUAGGAUUUAUUGCAGAUACUGACUUUGGGUUUCUUCUAAAGGAAAUGGCCUUACAGAACAUGACUGGCUUUCAGUGGAUUGGAAGUGAGUCCUGGAUUUCUGAUUUCAAUAUUGCCAAUGCUGAAUGGCAACAUAUUUUAAAAGGAUCUCUGGGUUUUGCUAUCCCUACGGCUAAAAUUAAUGGUCUAGGAGAAUUUCUUUCUAAACUAAAUCCAGCUUCUGAUAUAGCCAUUUACAAAGUGCUGUGGGAGACAAUAUUUCAGUGUAAACUUCCAAUUCAAAACACUGUUCAGAUGACACAAUUGUGUAAGGGCAAUGAAAGUCUAAGUCAAGUUCAAAACAUUUAUACAGAUGUUUCAGAUCUACGAAUUGCAAAUAAUGUUUAUAAAGCUGUGUAUGCUGUGGCUUAUGCCCUGCACAACAGUUAUGGAUGUUCCAAGAGGGACAAGGGACAAGCAGCUGCUAAUGUGUGUACAAACCUAACAGAUAACCAAAAACCAUGGCAGGUAGUCAAUCAUUUGAAAAAACUUCAUUUUACCACUACAACUUAUGAGGAUGUAUUUUUUGAUGAGAAUGGAGACCCAGCAGCUAGGUAUGAUGUGUUAAAUUGGCAACAAGACAAAAAUAAUAAAAUAGUGUUUGUCAAAGUGGGCUUCUAUGAUGCUUCUCUGCAAGGACACCUUCAGCUGUCAUUUAACAACAUCAGUAUAGUCUGGGCCCACAGUAAACCACAGGUGCCGGUCUCAGUGUGUAGUCCAAGCUGUUCCCCAGGCUACAGAAGGGCUGUUCAGAAAGGCAAACCAAUCUGCUGCUUUGACUGUAUACCAUGUGCAGAGGGAGAAAUCAGUAAUAUAACAGACUCUAUAACUUGUGUCAAGUGCCCUCCGGAGAUGUGGUCUAAUGAAAAGAAAGAUUCCUGUGUCUUAAAGCUGGUGGAAUUCCUUUCUUUUAAGGAAAUGAUGGGGAUAAUUUUUGUCUCAUUUUCUCUGUUAGGAAUAUCCUUUACAAUCUUUAUUGCUGUAAUUUUCUUCAAAAAUAAGCAGACACCAAUUGUUAGAGCAAACAAUUCUGAGCUGAGCUUCUUGCUACUCUUUUAUCUGUCCAUGUGCUUCCUCUGUUCACUUACAUUUAUUGGUCAGCCGUCUGAAUGGUCCUGUAUGCUGCGUCACACAGCAUUUGGGAUCACCUUUGUCCUCUGUAUCUCCUGUGUGCUGGGAAAAACAGUAGUGGUGUUAAUGGCCUUCAGAGCUACACUUCCAGGCAGUAAUGUCAUGAAAUGGUUUGGUCCUCUACAGCAGAGACUCAGUGUACUUGCCUUCACUCUUGUACAGGUUCUUAUUUGUGUACUGUGGUUAAUAAUAGCUCCUCCUUUUCCAUACAAUAAUAUGAGCUACUACAAAGAAAAGAUCAUAUUAGAAUGUAAUGUAGGCUCUGCUGCAGGUUUCUGGGCUGUGCUGGGUUAUAUAGGACUCUUGGCUUUUUUGUGUUUUAUUUUGGCUUUUCUGGCCCGGAAGCUGCCUGAUAAUUUUAAUGAAGCCAAAUUCAUCACAUUCAGCAUGCUCAUAUUCUGUGCAGUUUGGAUUACCUUUAUUCCUGCUUAUGUCAGCUCUCCUGGAAAAUUUACUGUAGCAGUGGAGAUAUUUGCUAUUUUAGCAUCAAGCUUUGGUUUACUUUUUUGUAUAUUUGUUCCAAAGUGCAAUAUCAUUAUACUGAAACCAGAUAAGAAUACUAAAAAACAAAUAAUGGCUAAGGCACCUGGAAAAUAA